AUGAUUCUGGCACAAUCCACGCCUGAAGUCAUGCAUGACCUUUCUAAUGGAGUGUGUGUAGACACUUGUAAUUGUGUAGAUGAUCUAGAUCUACCUGUUAAUAUUUUGGGAAUGCCAGUUGUAGAAAAUAAGGAUGUCCUUAUUUCAGGAUUCUACGUGCAUCUAUUGAGACUUGUUGAGUGUUCGGCAUUUCAGCUGAACACUGGGACUGGGUGCACACCUGGUCAUAUUGAGCAUCACUACCAGGCCCUGGACCCAGGACCGAUGUACAUGUACAUGUGCGACAAACAGUUCCUUUCCUCUGGCCUGGAGCGCGCACAGAGCCUGGAGUCGAGGCUACAAUCAUGUGACAACAAGUCCCCGCCCUCAUCCACAGCUCCGCCCCCUUGGUUCAGAUAAUAGAAAGGCGGGGCUGUUUUUUCCUCUCUGGAGCUAUGAAAGUUGUCAUGGCGAUCCCUUUACUAUGACAAGAAGCAUGCUUUCUUUGAAGGAUGACAUGUCACUCGAAACCAGCUUACCCCAUGAAGAUGGAGAUCCAGAGAUUCCUAGUUUGAAGUCCAAGUUACAGCUCAAGCAGCUUGGAGCUCUCUUUGUGACUGCACUGACCCAGCAAGAAGAUGGAGCCGAAGAUGGAGCCAGUGUGUCUGCCUGGGAGUACUUGCUGACCUAUUUGGAGAGCACACUAUCAAGAAGUCAAGUGAACCAACUUUCAGAACUCCCCGAGACUCAGCAUUACAUUCACAGAGCACUAAAGCAUGUUCAAAAACACUCGGAAAAUCUUGGACAACUUGAAAUCAUCAAUCGCUUAUCUAAACUUUUUCCUGUAAUUGUUGAACGUUUGAAAGAGACAAUUUUUUUAGUUUCCCCUGACAUAACCACACAGACAAUUAAGCGUAAGCGAGCUGCUACCACCAAUUCUUUUAACUCGUCUUCACCACUACAUUCUUAUUGUCCAUUAAAGCUCCCUGCUACAUUUAGAGGACCAUCCGUACAACUGAAUGAGCUUCUACCAGCAGCUAACAAAGUAUCAGUUGAGUUCUAUGAUGUGGAAAAGAACUUUGCUCACACAUUUCCCACAGUCCCGCUAACACAACAUAGUGCUAGGGUAACUCAAAGAUCUCAUCGCAAAACCAAAUCAACCCCUGGUAUUAUGAUUGUUGAGCCAAGAGCUAUGCUUUUUCCAAUGCUCGCUUCAGAAAUACAAGAUGAACAUUUUUCGCGUUCCGAUGCUCGCACCCUGUUUCCUAAGAAACAAAUAAGAUCUCCGAGGAAGAAUAUUGAAAAAGGAGCCAGUCAAGUAUCUGAGAUGAGGAGCGUGUAUGAUGUUAUCGAAGCAUUUUCUACUGGGAAACUCAAGUCCGAAUCCGAGUCCAUCUACUUUAACUAUACUAACUCUGAUAAAUGGAAUCCAUAUGACCUGACUAUUGUACCUAAAAGGAAAGUGCAGUCAGAACAUUUUGUAGUAUCCAAGUUUGGAAUCCUUCAAGUACACCCUGAUGGAACAUCAGACUUGCAAAGUUUUGCAGGCUGGUUGAGAGAAGCCAGUUUUUACAAAAUGCUGAGGAGAAGCCCAUUUUUGAAAACCUAUUUGGUUCGACGUGCCUUCAAGCAGUGGUAUGGCAAUGUACGGUUUGCUCAAUUUGCCCGAUUCUAUAGACAGGUAGCAAGACUUUCGAUUCGAUUUCUACCUGAUUUUGCUAGUGCUCUGCUCAAAAUCCAAUCUCUCAGUGAAGAAUUGCUGACUGUGCCUUUUCACCAACUUGUGCCUCUGUCGAACUAUGAUCAAGAAACACUGGAGCAAGCUAUACAGGGCUCACUGUCAAAGGCUCAACGACUACUACACAAAUAUUUCAAAUAUUGCAGACGUUUUAUCAUGGAAGUUAUAAAGACAACUAUUAGUCAGGUCAUUAUUUUUGAGACAGAUAGACGGCAUAAGCCAUUCGUAUCCGAUCUUCCACUGAGUGUACAAAAAGAUAAAUUUUCACAGUUGGAAAAAGAUUUAAAAGCAGCCAAGUAUCAAGCGAGCAAUCUUGCUAACUUCGUUUGUCUUGCAGAAUAUAUUUUGUCCACUUGCAUACUCACACUGUCCAAGCAUGGAGCUCAAUCUUGGAUAGAUACUGUUCUUACUAAAGAAGAAGACAGAGUCAAUUUCACACCAGAAUUUAGCAGCAUUGUAUCCAGUGAGACAAGACUGAGCCAUACUUUUUGCAGCGCAGUGGAUACUGAGUCCAAGCAGCCUCCUUCUGGUAGAUCAAGCCCCAAUGCAGAUGCUUUCCUGUUGACCUCGUUUGAAAUCAAUGAAACAGGAGAGCUGUGUGUUCAUCCUUUGCCUUCAGACUUGAAGGGUCUCAUAGCUGGCCAACUGCAAAGGAUCUGCUCAAUCCUCUCGUCAGUUGUAGCCCCUCUCACCAAGUCAACUGCAGCACAAAAAUCUAUAAGCAGGGACGAGCAUCAGCCCACCAACGAUUCAAACCCUCAGUACUCGAUCCCCCAAGCAGCCCCUCCGUCAAUGGCCCCCUCUAGACAGCCCAGGUCCCUCUUGACAGUCUUAAAGGGUAUCAGUGGAGACAACAGGGCUGAUGGCAUGAUGACCAGUGAGAGAGCGCGCAGUGAGCUCAGUGAGGUCACCACCAGGCUGCUCAGUGGUGCAGGGGAGAGAGCAGAUGUGUUAGUUACACAGGGUUCACCACUGGAGACCGACAAAUUUGUGGACAAAAUUAAGACAGAUGAGGUGUUCUUGAAUUGUGUGACAACCAUUGAGACUGCUGUUGAGAGAGUGUGUGUUGAGCUCAGAGAGAUGUGCUCUCAGUACAGCUGGUUGAGUGAUGUGUGGAAAUUCAUCACUGCUUGGGAUGGCAACGAGAAGAUUGCUAGUAUGACAGCAGAUAAGUAUGAGGUAGUACUCUCCCAGCUGCAUGAGUGGACUGAUCUAGUUGCUCAGUUGCCCCCCAGACUCCCCACCUCCUACUCUCUACUCAGUGUCUCCACGAUCCCUGUUGCGGAGCGAGUGGGGCCUCAGCUGGCCGCUAUGUUGGAGGAGCUCACAGCAGUUGGGAUGCAGCGUGCAAUGGCUCUUUGUAAGAAGGUGCUUGAGGAUAUCAAGCAACGGGUUGAAGUGCUGUCUGCUAAGAGAUAUGAUCUGGAGGGAUUUGCUGAGUAUACGCAUCAGUUGCGAGAGUGCCAAUCAUUUAAUAAGAGUGAAGCAGACAACAUAGACUAUGUCCUAAGAGUUCACAAUAGCUUGCUGCAUCAUGGCGUGUGUAUACCAAAAGAUGAUAACGCUCUCAGCAUGAAAUUGCAAUUGGCGUGGCAUGCAUUUCGAGGCAAGCUAAAAGAGGCUGAGGUGUUUGUCACAGCUCAAACUCCAAUGAAGGCACAAGGACUCCAGGAGAGUAUUGAGGCAUGUGUUGAAGACCUGUCGGCUCUUGUGAGGCAGGUCAAUGAGGGCGAAUUUAUCAAUCCUGCGGCUAUCCCUAAUGAGCUGCUUGAUGAACUGAAGCUGACCCAGGAGAGUGUGUUGGCAGUGCGAUCACGACUGUUGGGCCUCAGUAAGUGGAAGGAGGCCAUCACUGGACAGCCACACGACCUCUCAGGAGUUAGCAGUUUGAUGAAUCAACAGUAUAUGCGCCAGGAGUUGUGGAAGUAUCGUAGAGUAUUUGACACGUACGAGAGAGAAUGGGUCAAAACGCCGUUCAAGAAACUGGACAUUAACCAUCUAUCCCAAAAAGUUUCAGACUGGUUGACAGCUUGUACCAAGCUGGAGAGAACACUGUCUCCUGAUGAUCCAGUGGUGAGUGCAUGGAGAGAGAGACUACAAGAGUUCAAAGGCAGGAUACCGCUACUCCAACAACUAUCAUCUAAAGCUCUCAAGGCUUCCCAUUGGUACACAAUAUUUGCUUCACUGGGCGAAGACUACAAUGCAGACUACCCAUACACACUGGUAGACUUGAUCUCUACAAGAUGUACGAUCAUUCUGACAUUAUAUUCGAGAUUUGUCACGAUGCCAUGCAACAAGAGAAACUUAGAGCCAAGAUUGACAAACUACAAUCAUUACUUGAGCAAAAGACGAUUGCCGUUAACCAGUUUCCAAUCGAGCGCUAUCCAUUUGCCGUUCCCCAAAAAGUCAGUAGACACCUCUGUGCCCCAUCGACAGGCCACCAUAUCACCACGCAAAACAUCUCAAGUACCGCGAAAGGUUGCCGUACCAAACACUCCAUCGAAAACAACAUUCUCUGUUGGUUUCCAUGGCCUAACUAAAGACUCUGCUACCCUGGACCGCCUGUUUACCAUAGAACAUCAGAACCAGCUGUGUUUGUGGCUAGAGGACAAACUGAUACAGAUGAAGGUGUUGCUUUCCUCCCCUCAUCUUGGGAACUUGAAGUCCAAGAGAGAGCAUUUGUUAAAGACUCUCACCGAGCCGCAGGAGAUUGUCAUGAUGCUGUCACUGUGUCAGGAUAAGUGGUGUGAGCUUCUAUCAUUAUUCUCUCAAAUCGACGACGACCAGUACAGCAGCUCUGGCCUGACUGAGCUACAGCAAGGUAGCUCCAAGUACCAGGAGAUUGUUAUGAGCAUACGAGAUGACCCUAUACACUACUCUCUCUAAUGGGGAAGAGAAGGGGACAGAAAGGAUCUUCCCUGAGCUAGUCCUUAAGUUAGUAGCGCUCCAGCCCCCGGCUUGCCAUAAGGAUCAUAUCCACAACCACUCUGGGAGUGAGGAUGUGUAAAUGAGAUCUGGAAACGACACGUAUAUAGGCACUGUCCGUUCAAACCUCUUACUUUGGUGGAUACACCUACAGCUGGUCUCCCCCAUGGAUUAUACUGUUGUAGCUGCUCUAAAUCCUGCAUUGAUAAAAUCAGCAGUUAUUUAUCCCCACUUAAAAGUAACUGUACUUUUCGUUGUUUUUCCACCUUCUCUCUCCUCUCUCUCUGCUUCUCUUCUCUUGUGUCUUCGAUGA